UUUUUUUUCAUUUAUUGAACAGAGUAGAUAGAGUUUUGUGAGACGUGCUUUGAUCGCAUCGAAAAUGGGUUGUGCCAUAAGUUCUACCGUCGACAAAGAUGCGGUAGAGAGGUCAAAGAAAAUUGACAAGGACCUCAGAGCAGAGCGCGACCGUGCUACACGCGAAGUAAAACUUCUGCUCCUAGGUGCUGGAGAAUCUGGGAAGAGCACGAUCGUCAAGCAAAUGAAAAUAAUUCAUGAAACGGGCUACUCGAAAGAAGAGUGCAUUCAGUAUCGUCCAGUGGUUUACAGCAACACAAUUCAGAGUUUGAUGGCCAUUAUUCGAGCCAUGGGCCAACUCAAGAUUGAGUUCGCCGAUGUCAGUCGUUCGGAGGAUGCCAGGCAGUUUUUCAGCCUUGCGGGUGCCGCGGAAGAGGGAACUAUGACUCCAGAAUUGGCUGUUAUCAUGAAGCGUUUAUGGAGUGAUGGAGGUCUGAACGACUCUGCAUCGUACUACUUGAAUAAGUUGGACUCAAUUUCGCAAUCCUCCUACAUCCCAAGUCAGCAGGACGUACUGCGCACCCGAGUGAAAACGACCGGAAUUGUGGAAACCCACUUCGAAUACAAGAACCUCAUGUUUAAAAUGUUUGACGUUGGUGGUCAGCGUUCAGAGCGGAAGAAGUGGAUUCAUUGCUUCGAGGGUGUGACUGCCAUAAUUUUCUGUGUUGCUCUUUCGGGUUACGAUCUUGUUUUGGCCGAAGAUGAAGAGAUGAAUCGUAUGAUCGAGUCGACGAAAUUGUUCGAUUCCAUCUGCAACAAUAAGUGGUUUGUGAAGACUUCAAUCAUUUUAUUCCUUAACAAGAAGGACAUCUUUGCGGAGAAGAUAAAAGUAUCGCCCUUGACGAUAUGCUUUCCGGAAUAUCGAGGUCCCAACACGUACGAAGAUACCACCCAAUACAUCAAGCAGCAAUUCGAAAACUUGAACAAGCGACGCAAUGAGAAGACGAUUUACACCCAUUUCACAUGCGCAACAGAUACCAACAACAUUGAAUUUGUGUUCAGCGCAGUGACGGAUGUGAUCAUCACGAACAAUUUGAAGGAGUGCGGGUUUUAGGCUGCCGCAUUCGGAAGAAAAACGUGUAUGUUACUUAUUUCAUGAGUGUAAGUUAGCUUUAUCCUACUUGCUUUCCAUCAUUCGCCUAUUUAUUCGGUGUAUUUAUACUCAUCUGUUGUAUGCUCAAAAAUUCCGUUUUGUGUUCUUCUGUGCGUUCCGGAGAAGAUGCGUGCGCGCUGCAUUUGUUGCGGUGUGCGAAACGUUCGGUUCAUGUCUGCAUUGCUGUUUGGCGCGUUUACUGCCAGACGGAAAUCUCUCCUUGACGGUAUUGUGAUUUGCUGAAAACUUAGCCUCCGAUCCUCAGAACCUUCAGCGCAAUUGAAUUGACGGCUCAAUUGACAUUGAUCAAAGAAAUCCUAGCGGUUCAGUUCUCAAACGGCCAUUAAGCUGCCAUCGCGUCACGUUUACGAGGUAUUUCUCGGAAGUUCUGCGAUAGUCACCAACGAAUUCUCAUUGCUGAUUGAUGACACCAGUAGAAAAAUAUUUGAUCAAUUUCACAAAAACGUUUAUUUCUCGAAACAAUUACUGUAGGUCCAUCGAAAGCAGUUUAGAAAUUAUGAUCUGAAUAUUUCAUCUGCCGUUUUCCACGAUUGCAUAAAAUUAAUUUUUAAUGAAUUGAAUCUAAAAAAAUUUUUUUGAUUUUUCAACUCAUUGAUCGCCUGAGAAUCUUGAAGAAUUACCAUCUUGUCCCAUCAAAAAUCUUUUGUGUCGUUCAAGAAUCAUCUUCCUGUUCAUCCGUUCUCCGCAGAAAGAGAGUAAUAUUGUAUUUUUUCGGUCAAUCAACAAUGAGUGACACGAUAAAGCAAGGUUUUAGCUAACUUCAGUGACAAUUUGUACCUGACUUGCAAGACUCUUGAGAAGUCCCUCGUAGAGUUGAAAAAUUGUACAUAUAUUCUUGUUGCAUUUGAAGUACUCUCGGUGUUGCGCUUUUUUUGCAAAUGUUUUACUGUACUGUUUCGUCCUUCUUCAUUCCUGUGAAGUAAGUUUCCUCCGAGGUUUUUGUAGGGUGUAUGAUAAGCCCUAUAUUUUUAUAAUUUUGCAUUUUUGAGGAUACUGCGCAGUAUUUUUCAAUCGCAAACGACCACCCGACGGAAAAUCCGUGUUUGGAAAAAUUGCUGUGGAACUGUAUCAGAGCUGGUUUUUUUUCCUGAGUUGAUACAUUUUGCAAAAUCGUGAACGACCCUGGCUUAUUUUAUCCCCUUUUUCCGCUUUUCGGUUGAUGUUUGGUACUGAUGCAUCCCUCCUGUGGCUGCUGUCUUCAUUCCAUUAUGUUGUCUUGUUUGAAGCUCUCGAUUGGAGAUAGUGGCUAGUGAGGUUCAUGUAUUCCUGUAAGAUGUUGAAGAUAACACGCUUUACGCAACAUUGCCUUUAUGUUCAUUUUUUUAAGCAUGGAAUCUGUGUCGCCAGUUGGAGGAAAGUCCCCAAGCUUUGCCAGGGAUUCUGUCCAUCGAAGUUUCAGUUUUAUGUGCCAUUAUAUUUCCCGGGAUUGAGGUCAAUGAAUAGUGCGCAUUAAUCCUUGGAAGCUGAGAUGAAGUAUUAAAUUUUACUGAGCGACAAAAACGAUUGAGCUGACCGAGAAACAGCUGCUCGUGAGUGGUCCAGUAUUAAAUUAGUUAGUGGUUCAGCUGACCCACGAUCGAGAAAACCUGUUAUUUCUCUUCAUCCAUGUAUUGGCCCUAAACAAUUUGAUUUUUGAGAAUUUCAUUCAUUGAGAGUCGGUCAGUUCAGGGGAAAACUGUCCUGGAUUUUUGGAUAGUCUUACUUUUUUUAAUUCAAGGAAAAAAAGCAAAAUUGGGAUCAUUUUGUCUGGCAGUGAAUAAAUAUUUGGAUAAGUGGAUAAAUGUUGAAAGUCAGCACAUCCGACAUUUAUGGAGUAAUAAAUAAGUAAAGCUAUGUUCAUGCGGUUUGCAAAGCAGUCCAUUUUAUACAUGCAUUUGCUUCAAGUUAAAAUUAAAAUUAUUUUUAGAAUGAAUUCAGGUGUAGAUUUCUUUUUCCGAUUCCUCUGGAAUUGUUAAAUUUUCUGUAAGCUCAUUUUUAAAUUUGCAGAAACUAAUGCAACGUUAUUUCCUCCAUUGAAAGGAAAGCUUCUUGAUCUCCGAAAAUAAAUAGAAUACUUGAAUUAUUUUCACAGCCGGAAUUUUAGAGAAUAAAAUUUCAUACUUUUGUUGAUCAGAUCGUCGCUACCCUCUGAAAAUGGCAUACUUUUUUCUUGUCUGCCGGAAAAGUUUGGGGAAUGCUGGGAGAGUAUAUGUUUUGCUGAUUGUUACGUUCAUGGAAGUUCUCCCUAGCUGGUGAGCUAGCCUGGGGAAUAAUUGUACUUGAACACACUUCUGCAGUUGGAUGCGUUGGCAAGAAAUAAAACCUCAUAAUGUUAGAAUGAAAA